UCGAGCGCCAACGAGCCAACGGGUUCGACCACGAUGCUCGUGAUGGUGCUCUCGCCGGCCAAGACGCUGGACUUGGCCCUGCCCAAGCUCAGGACGUGUACGCAGCCCAAGUUCCUCGAGGAGGCCUCCAUCCUGGUCCAGGACCUGCGCAAGCUCACGCCGGCCAAGCUCAAGGGUUUGCUGGGCGUCAGUGACGCGCUCGCCAAGCUCAAUCAUGACCGAUACAAGCACUUUGUCGAUCACGCCGACGUCACAUCGCCCGCCGACACCUUCAAGCAGGCGCUCUUCGCCUUCGAUGGCCCUGCGUAUAAGGGUAUCCAAGCCGACUCGUUUUCCGACGACGACAUAGCGUACGUCCAAGACCACUUGCGCAUUCUCUGCGGGCUCUACGGCAUUCUGCGGCCGCUCGACCUCAUCCAGCCGUACCGGCUCGAGAUGGGCCAGAAAUUUGCCAACGCGCGUGGGAAAGACUUGUACACGUUUUGGGGCACCACGAUCGCGAGCGAGCUCAACGACCUCUUCGCAGCAGCGGACACCAAGAUCCUCCUCAACGUCGCGUCGCAAGAGUACUUUAAAAGCGUCGACACGACGGCGCUGGACCCGUCGAUUGAAAUCGUUGACGUUGUCUUCAAGGACGACGGCAAAAUCAAGUCGGCAUUUGCCAAGCGGGCGCGGGGCCUCAUGGUGCACUACGUCGCGACGCAUCGCGUGACCUCGAUUGACGCGCUGCAGGCGUUCAACCUCGAAGGCUACGCCUACAGCGCCGCCGAGUCGACCGCGUCCAGUCUUGUGUUUCUACGCUCCAAGACAGCGCUCAAGCGCCACCAAGACGCGACGGCGCCGCCCAAAGCCAAGCGCGUCAAGCAAUGAGUGGCGAGGCACAAUAUUGUCUCUUGCGAUUUGAAUGCUUCUUGC